AUGCCUAGUCCCUGUUACAGCCACGCCUUGUACAACUCAGCUGAUCCACCCAUUGCCCCUACGCUCACUCAAAGCAUCCAAGGGGUGGGGGAGAAGGAGCGGGGGGUGGGGGUGGGGAAGGGGGAGGGCUGGGGGGCGAGGGUGGGGGAGGAGAGGAUGGAGGGGAGGGAGGAGGACAGGGAGGAGGGAAGGGGGGAGGAGAGGGAGGAGGGAAGGGAGGGGGAGAGGGAGGAGAUGGAGAGGGGGGAGGAGGAGAGGGAGGAGGAGAGGGAGGCGGGAAGGGAGGAGGAGAGGGAGGGGAUGGAGAGGAGGGGGGAGGAGAAGGAAGAGGUGGGGAGGUUGGAGGGGGAGGGGAAAAGGGAGGAGGUGAGGGGGGAGGGGGUGAAAGAGGAGGGGAGGGGGGAGGGGGGGAAGGUGGAGGCGAGGGUGGGGAGGGAGGUGAAAGCGGAGGGGCAGGGGGAGGGGGGGAGUCGGGGGGGGAAGGAGGUGGAGGAGGGGUGUUGUUGGAGGGAUAAGGUGGGGGAGGGGAUGAGUCGGGGGGGGAGGGUGGGGGAGGGGAGAAGUCGGGGGGAGAAGGCGGGGGUGAGGGGGAGUCAGAAGGGGAAGGGGGGGGUGAGGGGGAGUCAGGGGGGAAAGGCGGGGGUGGAAGGGAGUCAGCGGGGGGAGGAGGGGGUGGGGGGGGCGGGGAAGAAAACGGCGGGGAAGGAGGAGGGGGAGAGGGAGGAAAGGGAGGUGGGGAAAGGGGAGGGGAAGGUGGUGGUUGCGGUGGUGGCGAUGGGGGAGGGGAUGGGGGGGGCGGAGGGGGUUUCCUGGGCAAUCCAGGGGAGGGUGCACCUGGCAGGGAAGAGCAUUCAAGCAAGGAAACAGGCGGGAAGAAAGAGAACGAGAAUGAGAACUGGUUAG